AUGGCUGGCAAAUCGGUUCAUGACCUAUCCAUGACCAUCUCUCAUGAACACGAACACGAAUACUCCUCCGAUGUCGAAGAGAUCGAGGGUUUAGCCGCCACAUCUGAUAUCACUUCCUCUUUACUUACAGAGAUCGAUGCCCUCGAAAAGGCAGAGCGCGAGUCAGCGGAGGCAUUUAGGUUGCAGCAGCAGCAGUCAGAGGAGGCAUUCAGGAUGCAGGAGCAGAGGCGGCAGCGGCACAUAGAUACUCUACGAAAAUUAGCCCGCCAUUCCGACACGAUUCUACAUCAGCAGCAUGUUGCGCGACAGAAGGCCAGGAUCAAAAGACUCCAGAAGACGGCCACGGAAGCUGCUGAGGGAACACCUGCCACAGUGAAGCAGGCGGAGCCCAAGAAAAGUAUUGCUACAGCAGCUUCUACAGCAGCUUCUACACCAAUAGCUACUGUAGUAGCUACUCCAUUAGCCGCUAAAGUAGCUACUACUUCAGCUACCAAAGCCAAUACAUCGGCUUCUAUAUCAACUACUAAAGCAGCUACUGCAUCUGCUAGUAGACCAUCUACUGCUGCUGCUGCUGCCCCACAGGCUCUGAGGGAUGCGCAACAGGAUACCACGAUGGCGAUGGACGACGACGACGACGCAGACUACUACACACUACCACUGCCCCCACCAGCACAAGCUGCGCCAGUCGCACCAAUGACUGUCGAAGCCCCGAAAGCGACACCUAAACCUCUGAUCCCACCAUCCAAACAAACUAAGCAAGGUGGGGGUACGACUGGGGGGUCCGCCUCCGAGACCUCCGCAGCAGCUACGAGCAAGCCCCCCCGCCCAGUACAGAAAAUGGUCCCUAGUCGUGGCCGCCCUACACGCGGCCGUGGCAUUUCACGGGGCCGUAUUGCUAUAAGCAGCAGCAGCAGCAGUAGCAGCAGCAGUAAUGGCAGUCCUGAACCUGAGGAGGUCCCUAAUAUACCUAGGCGUGGCGGAUUAGGUGUGACAGGGCGCCGCUCGAGGCCGUACAAAAGAGGCGGCACCACAAGGGCUUCUGUGUCGAGCGUGGAUGAGGAUGAAGAGACACAGUUCACGCCCAUUAUUCCCAGCUCGCGGAAGCCCGGGUUUACGGCUGUUAAUACUCCACGUACGUGGGCCGACGACCACGGCCUCGAGGCUGAGAACCGUGCUAUCUCAUCUUUCCCUGCCGGUGCUGGUCCCGCGUCCACAAAGAAGCCAAUUCCACCAGCGAAGAGGGUUGAUCAGGUUGCCCUAUUCACACCGAAGGACCUACGCGGCAUCUACGGUGGUGGGAAUCCAGGGCUCAUUUGCGCGACAGUCAAAGCCGAAGACAUUGCCCGCGCUGUGAUCAGAACGCGUAAUUACAUCUGUUUAUCCCCAGAUGCACAUUUCAAACCUCCGGGCACGAUUUGUGAUAAUGCUGAGAUGUUGGAUAUAUAUGGUCAGGACGACCCGAUUGAUAGGCGCGUGGCGACGGUUCCAGUUCUUAGGAAGGUCGACAAGUUGUGGAUGUACUGUGGUAACUACAAAGUGGGCGAUCGACGUAUGGUUACCCUCCCGGAGUGGCGCGAGGGGGGCGAGAAUGUGAAGAAGCAUUGGGCGAAGAAAGUGCAGGAUACAGAGUGGGGAAGGGAGUGGUUGGUCAGGAAGGGGUGGCUCGUGCAUGGCGAGAUCAGGAACGUCAGUUUGGAUGAGAUCUUGGGGUACUUUAGGAUUUCCGACGACAAGAAAGGCCUCCGCUUCUCGUCCACCGCGCUCCACUUCCAUGAAUACGACAAUGUCUCCUACAACAAGAUGGUCGACUUCUGUUCUCGGAACCACCCCAACGAUAAUCCCCACGCCCGGCUCUCCACCCUCAAGUCCAACCACCUCAUCCUCCCCGCCCCCUCCAAAAAUACCAACAAGAGCCACCUAACCACCCCCCCCGAUCCAACUCCAUCCAAUAAACGCCGCCGCCAAGAAGGGCCAGCGCCCACCUCUGUCCGUACCAUCACCACCGCCUCCACGGCGGGCCGCGGUAGUACCGUCACCACCACCUCCUCCUCGGCGGGCCGCGGUGCGAGGAGGGUUAGUCGCAAUGUCAUCGACUAUCGCAUCGCACCCAUGAAUGAGUUUUCCACCGAGGAAGGGGGCAAGGGCCGGGAUGAUUUUGUGGACCUUGACAGCGAUGAAAGUGAGGGUGGUAAUGGGGGUGAGGAGGACGAUGAUGAUGAUGAUGAUGAGGAGGAGGAGGAGGAGGAGGAGGAGGAGGGAAGUGGGGAUGAGGACGUUAUGGUCCUUGAGUAG